GAUUUAGCCAGAUUUUUAAUGGAGUUUGGUUUGUCGCAUGCCCACAUGAAAUCUGAGCCAAUUGCAACCAUGUGUGCUUCUAAUCCUGGAUUAACUGGCACAUAAACCUUACUGCGGUUGUAGAUCAGGCGUCAGAAGGAGUAAGAACAGCGGUAUUUGAGACGUAGUAAAAUCAUUAGCUGCGACUAUUACAAUGGGCAUUUCUAGACCAGCAGUUGUUCUCCAGUUGGAUAUUAUAUUAAUGCUUAUUAUUGGCCUUCAGUUCGUCUCAUCCCGUGAUAUCUUCACGUUUCUAAGAAUGGGGAACUUUACAUCGGCCACAUCUCUGUCCAGUACAUCCUGUGCACAGUAUGUUCAGGAGGUGGUAUCACAGAACUGUGUCGUGAUAUUUUCCAAGACCACUUGUCCUUAUUGCAAAAUGGCCAAGAAUGUGUUCAAUGAAAUUGGUGCGACGUACAAAGUGAUUGAACUGGAUGAGCACAAUGACGGGAGGAGACUGCAAGAGGCCUUAGCUCAGAUGACGGGAGCCAGAACGGUCCCCAGAGUCUUCAUUAAUGGAAACUGCAUCGGGGGUGGCUCGGAUACCAAACAGCUCCAUCAGCAGGGAAAGUUGCUGCCCCUGAUUGAACAGUGCACUACCUGCUGUGCUGGGACCAGCGCCGACGGCUCGGGCAGCGGACAGUUCGCGUCUGCUAAAUGACUAACCGUUCUUGUAGUGUUUUUUAAUCCUGUAUUUAUUAAAUCUUUGCUCGACCUAGUGCUACAAGUCUUACACUGCUUGAGCACGACGAUGUUAUUUAUUUAUCAAAGUGCAUUGGAUACUUGAUGUUAGGCUAUAUACAUUUUCAUCCAGGGAUGUACAGUAUUAUUGUUAUUAAAGCUGCCGUCUUUAACCAAAACCUGUGAAUAGUGGAAAUACCUCUCAUCUGCAUGGAUGUUUUAUUGAAGAUUGAUACAGUCAUCAAAAAGCAUGGUCACUCCAAACAUCAAGCACCAUCGAGCUGUGAACAUCAUUCAUCCGUGAAGUACUGACAGUCUGACUCAAUACUCAUCUUCUCUGAGUUUAGUUGAGGUCAUUCUUCAUGUCUUGUUAAAUUGAAAGAAUUACAGAUUUUUGUGAUUGAUGAUCAGCACAUUUAUUUGAACAAUGCAUAAAAAAGAGAAAUGUUAGUUAUUUGCAUAGACUGUAAAAUCUAUGAUAUAAUCAUUUUGUAUUUUUUUUUACAUGCUUGUGGAAACAUUUUCUAUGUCAACGCAUCUGGGAUUUUAGCAAGGACUGUUUGUCUCUUAAUUUCUUUUAUAUUAGAUAAAUGGUUAGUGUAUGAACAGCCUAGUGAAACACGGUAUUGGUCAUUGUUAUGAAUAUGAAGAGUAAUGGGCGUAUGUAUAACGGCUGAUUUUAAAUGUUUUCUUUAUGCCUUGAAUGUGUAUUUAUCAUAAUUAAUAAAUAUGAAUGAAAAUCCA